AUGUCAGGAAGGAGAAGCGCUCCUUCACCCGAAGGGGCAGGGGCCGCGGCCUUCAGUCGGGAGCCUCCAGAGCCCCGGGAGAACUGCGCGGGGGAGGGGGCGGGGGCGGAGAGGAGGAGGAGGGGAGGUGGCCCGGACAGGGUGUGGGAGGGGAGGGGAACCGCACCGCAGCAGCCGCCGCCUCCUCCCCGCGCCCGCCUCAACUUUUUGUACAGCCCAGAGAGGUAUCAGCCCCCAGCCCCUCGAGUCCUGCCACGGACUCCGCAGGGGUGGACGCACCGCAGAGUUGGGGGACGGCUCCUCCAAGCAGCCCGCUUCUACCGCGCGGAAGCAAACUUAGCGGCGCAGCCAGCCCCACAGCCAUUUUCCCGGGAACCCGGGGAAGCGGACGAGGAGGCAGCUGCAGCGGCGGCGGCGGUUCCCACAGUUGCUGCCACUGCUCCACGGCUGGCCCCUUCCCUUGCGCUAGCCGCACCACUUGCCUAGCAUCCCUCUCCCCACCUCCAAACCUUCCAACUGCACCGGGACCCUGGGCAGCAGCAGCAGCAGCUGCUACUGCCGCUAGGUCCAUUCAGUAUCCCCCGAUUCCCCUCUCCCCACCUACCAACUGCGAGUGAAGUGCGCGCUGUCAGCUCCAGAGUCCUCCGUCCCUCUGACCUCCGUGGGCCCCCGUCCGGGCAGCACCACUCCCGGCUGCGGCGACAGUUCCUGCGCCCGGUUCCCCACUCGCCCCGAUUUACUGCCACAAUCCACCAAAUAACAAGCUGUUGAGCCGACUCGCUUCUACACGAACUCCUAUUGGCUGCUCAUGACGCCGAAGAGCUUCGGAUAGGCCCUCGCUACCUGCCGUCCCCAUUGGAUGUAGCUCUGAAACUUCAUGGAUUGGUGCGAAAAACAGCAGGUAGGACAUCUUCCACUUAUGAUUGGUUUUUUCUGAAGACCAACGUUAUUGGAGAGUUGGUUAUUGAGUAAGCAAGUUCUGAGAAUUGAUUGGUAGACACGACUCCGGAUGUGCUUGACUGUGCACUGAUUGGUGAAUUGUGGGGUCAGGAAGAGCAGUUCGGCACGAGGAUUGGCGGCGGAGUGUCCCAUGGAAACGGAACCCAGAAUUGCAGCCAGGGGCUUGCACGGGGGCGGGGCAGUGUCUUUCCUAUGCGCCUGCGCCAAACCAGCUUCCCGGCGCCAUUUUGUCUCGGCAGCGGUGGCCGCAGCUCCAUCGCAUUUUAGUUUUCUGGCGAGAAGGAAACGGAGUUUUCAUCUGGCAGAUUCGUUUUUCUGCGGCAGCCAUCCACCGUUCCCUCAAGGACAGCACCUAGUUUUGGACGGAGGAGCCGCAGAGCUGUCAAAAGUUGUGCUGAAGAAAACAACAUCUCAGUGGCAGAUAUCUCAAAGCAUUACUGAGGUGAGUCAUAAUGUCUCUAAAAAUCCUUAGAAUUACGGGGGACCAUAGAAAAACUUUCUAUGGAUUAGUAGAGGAAUACUAGAAUGGACGAAAAGUAGUUGAAAGAUGUUUUGUUUAUUCAGAUUUACAUGAGUCUAUAUAAUUAGCUUCCUGAUGUAAUAUUUUAGAGUGAAAUCCCAAAAUUAGGACAUCCUUACGGAUUCCUUUACCCAUUUAUGUGGUUCUCAUUUCUGGAUUUCGAAGUACCUAAUGUUUUUAUCAUAAAACAUGCUUAUUUCAGUGGCUCACACCUGUAAUACCAGCACUUUGGGAGGCCGAGGCUGGUGUAUCACCUGAGAUCAGGAGUCCGACACUAGCCUGACCAACAUACUGAAACCUCGUCUCUACUAAAAAUACAAAAAAUUAGCUGGGUGUGGUGGUGGGCACUUGUAAUCUCAGCUACUCGGGAGGCUGAGGCAGGAGAAUGGCCUGAACCCAGGAGGCAGAGGUUGUGGUGAGCCGAGAUCGCACCAUUGCACUCCAGCCUGGGUAAUAGCGAAACUCCGUCUCAAAAAAAAAAAAAAAAAUGCAUAUUUUUGUGGUACUCACCCCGCCUAUUUAAAAAUUUCUCAUGUAGAAAAUAUUUUGUAAAUAGGAAUGUUGAGGGGUGAAGCAGUUUUUUAGAAGACCUUCUAAAACAAACAGUAUAUUACUGAACUUUCCAGGGAGUAAGCAUCCGUAAUUCCACUAUCAAAGUUUAAACUGUUAUUAUCUAAUCCAAAUAAUCCAUGGACAUUUGGAUAUUACUAAAAAGCCCAAAGAAGAAUACAAAAAUUUCUUCCCUCCACCAAAAGAUAGUUACAGUUUAAACUGUAGUUAUAUAUUACACAAAAGGCUUUGUCUUUCUUGGUUUUGUUUUAGAAAAUAUUCUAGUUUUGCUCAUUUUCUUACCAUCUAUUUUUGUUUGUAGACAUUGGGAACAUUGAAAAUAUUUUGUCUUAAAGCAUCUUUUAUGUCUUCAUAGUGUUUUGUGGGAUAAAUACACCGUAACUUAUGUAACCUGCUUAUUUUUAUAUAACAGCAGUAUUAGGUCAGUGAAUAUCCUUGUACGUGUUUUGCAAAAUACUGUGUCUAAGAAGGUUGUUGCAGAAAUAACUGUGGUUUUUGCAUUAUUGGCAUUUGCCAUUUGAUUUUGGAUUACAUUGUUAAAUAUGGAUAUGUUAUACAUCA